AUGGCGUUGGAUAUAAUUUGUGAGACUUCGAUGGGAACAACUGUUGAUGCCCAACAUAAUCAUGAUCAUACUUAUGUUCGAAGUGUAACUCGACUCAAUGAAGUUGUAUUUGCUUGGCAAAGAAUGCCGUGGUUAAAAAUAAAACCAAUUUGGUAUUUGACUGGUUAUGGUGGAGAAUAUGAUCAUCAUUUAAAAGUUGUCACUGAUUUUACUAAAAGUGUGAUUCGCGAAAAAUGGGACGAAUUCCAAAAAUUCCAAGUUGAUCAGCGAGAAACCAAGGAUAAAAGAAGUAUGGCAUUUUUGGAUCUUCUUUUGGAACUUCGACAAGAAGGAUUAUUGGAUGAGGAAGAUAUUCGAGAAGAAGUUGAUACUUUUAUGUUUGAAGGACAUGAUACAACAUCAGCAUCAAUGGGUUGGACACUUUGGUCAUUAGCACAUUAUCCAGAAGUUCAAGAAAAAGUUAUCGAAGAAAUCGAUAGCAUUUUCCAAGGUUCAGAUAGAGAUUGCACAAAUGAUGAUUUAAAACAAAUGAAAUAUCUCGAAAAAUGUCUCAAAGAAUCAUUGCGACUAUUUCCAUCUGUCCCAUUUUUUGCAAGAAAUGUUGAAAAAGAUACAGUAAUCAGUAAGUUUUCGAACAAAAUUAAUUUCCGAAUUAUGAAACUUCAGAUGGUGAUUUAUUCCCGAAAGGAGUUCGAAUUGUUGUUGUUCCUUUGAUUUUGCAUCGAAAUCCUAAUUGGUGGGAAAAUCCAAAUGAAUUCAACCCGGAAAAUUUUUCGGAAGAUAAAAUGGGAAAUCGACACGCUUACGCAGAUGUUCCUUUUAGUGCUGGACCUCGGAAUUGUAUUGGACAGAAAUUUGCGAUGAUGGAGGAAAAGACUGUGAUCUCUUGGUUUUUCCGGAAAUAUCGAUUGCGAUCUAAUAUUCCAUUUGAAGCGAAUCAUGCGCAACCUGAAAUUAUUUUGAAACCAUCGAUUGGUUUUCCAUUGAUUGUUGAACAUCGACAACCAUAUGCUUGA